GUACCAGAGCUGGGAGGCGUCUCCGGCGCGGACCUUGGAGAACCUGGCCGCCAACCCGCGAGCCAGUCUCGGUCCCCGAGGCCGACUGAGACUCGGAGCCAUCCAGCGACCUGGCGAGCGGCCUCAGGCCCCGCCAUGGGGAAGACCAACAGCAAACUGGCCCCAGAGGUGCUGGAGGACCUGGUUCAGAAUACUGAGUUCAGCGAGCAGGAGCUGAAGCAGUGGUACAAAGGCUUUCUGAAGGACUGCCCCAGCGGCAUCCUCAACCUGGAGGAGUUCCAGCAGCUCUACAUCAAGUUCUUCCCCUACGGCGAUGCCUCCAAAUUUGCCCAGCACGCCUUCCGCACCUUCGACAAGAAUGGCGACGGCACUAUCGACUUCCGGGAGUUUAUCUGCGCCCUUUCGGUCACUUCCCGCGGCAGCUUUGAGCAGAAACUCAACUGGGCCUUUGAGAUGUACGACCUGGACGGCGACGGGCGCAUCACGCGCUUGGAGAUGCUGGAGAUCAUCGAGGCUAUCUACAAGAUGGUGGGCACCGUGAUCAUGAUGCGCAUGAACCAGGAUGGGCUCACGCCCCAGCAGCGUGUGGACAAGAUCUUCAAGAAGAUGGACCAGGAUAAAGAUGACCAGAUUACUCUGGAAGAGUUCAAGGAGGCGGCCAAGAGCGACCCAUCCAUUGUGCUGCUGCUGCAGUGUGACAUGCAGAAGUAGAGAGUAGAGGCUGGUGAGGGGCAGGGACCCUGGCCAGGAGGAGCGUGGUCACCGCCCAACCCCAUGAUCUCUCUGGCUGGCCUUUCCCCAGGGGGAGGGGUACUCCAACCUCACUCUCUGGCCUACCCACCCCUCUGUCCAAGCCCUUGCUCUCUCAGUCAAGAUCCUUGAGGGACCACCUCACCCUGGAAAAGGGACAGAUCCUCAGGUACUCUGUGGUCUAGCACCGCCCCCAGUCUCGGCCCAGAACUAACAUCCACUGGGCAUAGGGGAGUUGGCUUUUGCCCCUACAGGCAGGGUUAAGGAGGGGGGGAUGGUGCUCUGCUUUGAAAGUCCAUUCUUCCUGGGGUUAUGCUUUGUAGAAUGGCCCACACACCCCAGAUAAAGGGCCAAAUUGGAUCUGUCCUGUGCUGAAGACCUAGAUCCCUUAAAGGUGGUCUCUGCCCUGCCCCCUCAACUCCACCCUUCUGGCCCUUGUCUUUGAAGCAUUCAUUCAGUCCUUUCUUCAGCUAAUGUUUAUCGAGCACCGUUCAAUGUCAGGCACCUGUAGGUGCUAAGGAAGUGGUAGCCUACAAGACACAUUUCGUGCCCUCUGGAAGCUCACAGAGCAGGAAGGCAGACUUCCAGUGGUCAGAGUCACAGAUGGGGAUGUCGAACACAGCUGAGCAGAGGGUGCGGUCAGGCUGGUUAAU